AUGGACUGCAAGGGGGACCAGAGCAUCAUCUGUGGAGGACUUGAUCGGCUCUCCAUCUACCUCCUAGAACCAGCUCCGGACUCUGUUGGACACAGUGAGUUGUUUCUUUUUCUAUACAUAUUCUUGAUAAUGUUAACUUGUUAAAGUUAGCUUGGUGAGCAGUUAAUCUACUAGCUAGCCCAUUCUCUCUCUACACAGAUGUAAGUUACAUUUUGAAAGGGUGCUUCAAGAAGCCAGUGAACGUAACAGAGGCUUUCCCCAUCAGGGCUGACAUCCUGAAUUUGUCUGUUGAGAAAUGUGGGGAUUUCUGCACUGAUCAGGUCAGGAAACCUCUAUCUUCAUUCUAUUUUAAAUGGAAAAUGUAUUUAGCUAACAGAAAACAUCACCAAAGAGACUUCAUUAUCUGCAUCAGAUCUUGUCACUCAGUUGAACAGGAAGUAUGUAUGCUCCCCCAGGUGUUGUCUCUGGCUGUUCUUGGGACAAGUGGUGCUUUUGUGGUUACCCUACAUUCCUGUUCCCCCUGCAUGAGCAGGAGGAUGAAGAGAUGUGUCUGCAGAGCUGCCCUGGAGAAGAGCUGGAGCACUGUGGCACUCAGGACUACUUCAUGGUGUAUCAGACUCGAAUCAAGAGUGAGCAUUCCAGUAGGGUCAUACAAACAAAAACGGAACAUCAGUCCCAAGAUGUCAUUUUCACUUUGCACACCAUCACGCCAUUAUUAUGCAAGCUUGCCUGCUGAGUGGUGGUGAGUGACUUGUGAAAUUUAUUGGGGGAAUUUCAUUUCCCAAAAGCCCCUAUGCACUGCGUCAUUGAUGGGUACAGGGUACUGACUUCCUCGUAUUUUUGUUUAGGUAUUUUUUGUUGUUGUUCUGCAUGUGACCCAUGUUUCAACAUGUAGGUAGGUCAUCAUCUCUGUGCUGAUUUCUACUUCUGCUUUACACUGGUCGAAUAUUCCACAUUAGCUAAUCUCGGACCAAAGCUUGUGUACGAGAGACUACACCUUGGCUAACAUAAUAUUUCUGUUGUGGGAGUUUUUCAUUUAGAGUUCGGAGAAACAUUUAAAACAGGGUUGUACAUUUCAAGUCCUCUCUAUUCCUCUUUUAAUGCCACCUUCCAUGUCUGUUCCUGUUCAGACAGCUGAUGCAUAGACAGGUGUUUCCUGCUCUGCCUGCCAAAAAAGCUGACGGCAUUAGCCAGCUUCCCAGGGACAGGAAACACCUAGGCACGUCACCUGAUAGAAUUGGCCACAGGAUUCUACACUGGCAGUUACUACUUUGAUGGUCCCCUCUACCACAAAGGUAAAUACCCAACUAGCAGGCUUAUUAAGUUAACCUAUGAACACCCCACCACACCAGUUAAGUCAAUGGCCCACUGUCCAUUUUGUGACUGUAACUUUAAGUUGUAAAAUACUGAAACGUCCCCUUUAACAUGUUUCAAAGGAGAGAGAGAUGAUUGGUGCAAUGGCAGGACUAUCUGCAUAAAGACCCAUGAGAGUGGCAGGGAGGCGAUCCAUGCCUUUGACUCCAGCAUUCGAAUGAUCUGCAACCCCUACAAAGCCCUGAUGCUUGAGUUCUAUCGCAGGUAUGGAGGCCAUGUUGGAUUUGCCCCCCUCGAUUUGUGGAGAGGAAAAGGUGAAAAGGAUGCCUUUCUUAUAGGUUUUGAGAAGUGAAACAAAUUGCAGCAGACCUCUCACUAAAAACAUGACUGAGAUGUUGUUUCUCCAUCUCUGUGCAGUGUGGUUAGAGUUUAUAUAGAUUUAUGCCCCUUGGUGGGCAUCUCACACCCUGGACUGGCUGAGGUUUGGGAAGCAGGUGCAUGUGGUACAUUAUGA